AUGGCGGAGACUGGCACAAGCCGCCCGCCCGCCUCUGGCACCGACGCCGGCGACUUCCCGGAGCUCCUAGGUUUCUGCGCGCGCGCGGAGGCCCUCAUCGCUGAGCUGCUCCUGCUCUCCGACCGCGCACCUCCGCUGUUCGCAGACCGCCGCUUCGACCCCGUCCUCUUCGACUUCCGUCUUCACCAUUAUACAAAGGUUCCUUAUUUUUUAGCUGACUUGGAUAUUCACAUGCAUGCCAUAAACAAGGAGUAUGUGCUCAAUAAUUCUCAGAGUCUUCGUUCUGUCAUUAGAGAAUGCAAUUUCACUCUCCGUUGGCUUUUGCUUUGGCUUUUGCUUCACCGCAUGAACAAUCUGGCUAUAGAAGGCCUGAGGAGGCAGCAGUGCGGUGCGUGGAGGCAGAGGCCCAGCGGUUAUCUCUGCAAGCGUGUUUCACCAUUUUGCAGAUCAUCUCUCUAG